AUGACAACUUUUUACGAUUUAACGGCAAACCUACCGAACGAUGAAACAUUCCAUUUCUCAGACUUAAAAGGGAAAGUAGUUCUGAUAGUAAAUGUAGCUUCAAAAUGUUCGUUCACACCUCAAUAUAAACCCUUAGAACACUUAUAUAGAAAGUACAAAGACAAAGGGUUUACCAUUUUAGGUUUCCCCUGUAACCAGUUUGCUGGCCAAGAACCUGGAUCAGAUGCAGAUAUUAAGAAAUUUUGCCAGGAAACUUUUGGUGUAACGUUCCCACUAAUGAAGAAAAUUAAUGUCAACGGAAGUCAAACUGAUCCUGUAUAUCAAUACUUGAAGUCUCAAAAACCAGGAGUAUUUGGUCUGAAGACUAUAAAGUGGAACUUUGAAAAAUUCUUAAUAGAUAAGAGCGGUAACGUAUAUGAGAGAUAUUCAUCUUUAAUAAGGCCAGAAGAGUUGGAAAAGGAAAUUGAAAAAUUACUAGGUCAAUAA